AUUAUAUCUUUUCCGGUUUCGCGAUGAGACUGUUUGCCUCCGAAAGAGCGAAUCCGAGGAGAGAGAGGGGAGACCAACAGAGAGCUCUUUCGCCGAGGAGGUUCCCAGAGCACUCCGUCCGCGAUCGAUCUCCUGAAGCCAGACUCUUGAUCCUCAGCAAGAAACCCUAACCCUACUCCCUUGGAAGAAGCCUAGGCAAUAAGGGAAGGAUGUCCGGCCAAGGACAGAGAUUGACUGUGGUCCCGACGGUGACGAUGCUCGGGGUGAUGAAGGCCCGGCUCGUCGGCGCUACCCGAGGCCACGCCCUUCUCAAGAAGAAGAGUGACGCCCUUACGGUGCAAUUCCGCUCGAUCUUGAAGAAAAUUGUCUCCACCAAGGAAUCCAUGGGUGAGAUCAUGCGCAACUCCUCCUUUGCCCUCACCGAGGUCAAGUACGUUGCAGGAGACAAUAUCAAGCAUGUGGUGCUUGAGUCCGUUAAAUCUGCAUCCCUCCGAGUUCGGUCCCGCCAGGAGAAUGUUGCUGGCGUCAAGCUACCGCGCUUUGAACACUUUGUCGACCAUGGCGCUGGGGAUGCCAAGUCGGACCUCACUGGUCUGGCACGCGGUGGCCAACAGAUUCAGGCUUGUCGUGUGGCCUAUGUCAAGGCAAUAGAGGUCCUUGUCGAGCUUGCUUCCCUUCAGACCUCAUUCCUUACCCUCGACGAGGCCAUUAAGACUACCAACAGGAGGGUCAAUGCACUUGAGAAUGUUGUCAAGCCACGGCUUGAAAAUACAAUUAACUACAUCAAGGGGGAGCUUGAUGAACUUGAACGAGAAGAUUUCUUCCGUCUUAAAAAGAUCCAAGGGUACAAGAAACGUGAGAUUGAACGGCAGCAACAGGCUGCAAAGAAUUUUGCUGAGGAACAAUAUGCAGAGAAGAUCUCGCUGAAGAAGGGAAUCUCAAUAAAUUCAGCUCACAACUUGCUCACUGUUGGUGUUGAGAAGGAUGAAGAUAUAAUCUUUUGAUGCCAUAUAAAUCUUUAGCAUCCUGCGAGUGACUGGAUGUCACACUACGUGAGGACGCUCACAGCAGCAGUAUCCAUGGAGAUUUUCCCCUACUAUUUGUGGCGUACGGUUCAAUUACAAUGGGUGUGUGAAUUUAUUACAAAACCUACGUUUGAGGAAUCUUAUCAGAUAUUAUGGAUAGAUCUAAUAAAUAAAUCACUGUACUUUCUUGAGUAGUGUAUGAUGUAGCAUGCUUCUAUGUUAAAGAUUUUACACACUGCACAGUUCAUAUCGAUCAAUUUGAAGCUGAAAGUGUUCCUUUUUUCUUUAGUUA